CUUAUUGGUGGGAGCUCUCAGUGAUGUGAAGACACCCACCAAUCCUCCUUCACCACAACACUCUACCUGUGUGCACGCAGCAUUUGACAGCAGGCAGCAUGGAUGCACUCAAGCCACCUGCGUUUACCGAGGAGCAUAUUGAAAGAAAUGGCAGCAAAAUGCAAAAAGGAAGUCUCGCACAGUCUACUCUGGCGCUGGUGGAUGAUGGGCCAUCAGAUGAGGAAGACCCUUGGGAUAUGCCCGAGCUGAAAGACACCGGAGUGCCAUGGUCAGCUUUGGACACCAAAGGGAAGGUGCUGCGGGUGUUUGUGUCACUUUUGAAGUUGGCUGUGCUACUGGGCCUCCUCUACAUGUUCAUCUGCUCCCUAGACAUCCUCAGCUCAGCCUUCCAGCUUGUUGGAGGCAAAGCAGCAGGCGGCAUUAUGCAGGACAAUGUUGUCCUGUCCAACCCUCUGGCCGGUCUGGUCAUUGGCGUCCUGGUCACUUUGCUGGUUCAGAGCUCGUCCACUUCGUCCUCCAUUGUGGUCAGCAUGGUCUCCUCUGGAUUGCUAUCAGUCCAACUGGCUGUUCCAAUCAUCAUGGGCACUAACAUUGGCACCUCAGUCACCAAUACACUUGUUGCCAUGACGCAGGCUGGGGACCGAACUAUCUUUCGCAGGGCAUUUGCAGGGGCCACGGUGCACGAUUUCUUCAACUGGCUGUCGGUUCUGGUGCUGCUGCCUCUAGAGGUCGCCAGCGGCUACUUGUACGAGGUCACCAAGGUCAUUAUCGACUCGUUCCAGAUCCAGAGCGGAGAGGCUCCCGACCUCUUGAAUGUUAUCACGGAUGUCCUCACAGAUUCUAUUAUAAAGCUAGACAAGUCUGUCUUAAGCCAAAUAGCCACUGGAGACCCAGAAGCCCGGAACAAAAGUCUCAUCAAGAGGUGGUGUGAAACUUAUACCAACAUGAGCACCGUAAAUGUCACUGUUCCCGGUCCAGAGAACUGCACCUCUCCUUCAAUGUGCUGGACUGACGGCAACUACACCUUCACACUCAAAAACAUCUCACAGACGUACAACAUUAAAAAAUGUGAUCACCUUUUUGUAAACGUGAACUUGUCCGAUCUGGCUGUGGGUCUGAUCCUCCUGGCUCUCUCUUUGCUGGUGUUGUGCUCCUGCCUGCUGCUUAUAGUCAAGUUGCUCAACUCCAUGCUUAAGGGUCAAGUGGCCAUGAUUAUCAAGAAAAUACUUAACACAAAUUUCCCGUUCCCCUUCGGUUGGGUCACAGGAUACAUUGCCAUUUUAGUCGGAGCUGGAAUGACAUUCAUCGUGCAGAGCAGCUCUGUUUUUACCUCCGCUAUCACUCCGCUUGUUGGUAUUGGCGUCAUCAGCAUUGAGAGAGCCUAUCCGUUGUCUCUUGGUUCCAACAUCGGCACCACCACCACGGCCAUCUUGGCAGCCAUGGCCAGUCCGGCAGACACGUUGGGUAACGCUCUGCAGAUUGCCCUGGUUCACUUCCUCUUCAACAUCUCUGGCAUCAUUCUGUGGUAUCCGAUUCCAUUCACCCGAUUGCCCAUCCGACUGGCCAAAGCUUUGGGCAACGUCACGGCCUCCUACCGCUGGUUUGCCGCAGUCUACAUCAUCUGCUGCUUCUUCCUUGUGCCGCUCCUCGUCUUCAGUCUGUCGCUGGCCGGAUGGCAGGUCCUAGUAGGCGUGGCCUGCCCUCUCGUGGCUCUUCUCAUCAUCAUCAUUAUCAUCAAUGUGCUGCAGAAGAGGAAGCCUGAAUGUCUGCCAGCAGCGUUGCGGUCUUGGGACUUCCUCCCGCUUUGGGCUCACUCUCUAGAACCCUGGGACAAAGUAGUGGCUGUGUUCACUGCCAAAUGUUGCUGCUGCUGCAAAUGCUGCAACAGCGAUGAAGAUAAAGGGAAAGACGACAAAGAGCUGGAGAAAGAAGCCUACGAUAACCCGGCAAUGUGCGACGACACGCUGGGAAUUGAGAUCAAGUUUGAGCCAAACAGUGUAAAACUGACCAAACUUUGAGUUUCCUUUGCUUGCUAAACACAACAAUUAUUGCACAAGAUUAACAUUGUUUAUGUCUUAACUGGAUUAUUUAAGAGGGACAAUGAGCCUAUUUUAGAAAAUGUAAUUUAUGUAAAACUAUAGCAACUAAACAAUAUGACCAUAUCUGUGUGCCACUUUACAAUUAUACUUUUUUCCAUUUCCAAUAAUGCCGUAUCAGCCUUCGCCAUUUGUAUCUUGUAGAUUUGAUGACACUGCGACCUCGUUCACACAUCUUUUUAAGGUGUAAAAUGAUUAAACAAAGUGAUUAUAUUCAAAGAAUAUGUUGUUUAAAAUAA